AUGUCUUUUGCUAGAAGACGUUCUCUCGAAGUCGCCGCGUUGGCGGUCUUCGGAGUGCUGCUACUGAUUUAUUUCCUCCCGGCCUUUCAAGUUUAUGGACUUCCUCGCUAUGCUGGCCAGCGGCGGCUAACGCUCCGACAAAGGCUUGAAAACGCCUUUCCAUACGAUCCUCGGCAACGCUUGCCCGACCUCAUAUGGCAGACCUGGAAACGAUCGCCCGAGGACAAAGAAUUCGACCCCGAUUACCGCAGCGCUUUUGAAUCAUGGACAAGACUCAACCCCGGCCACCGUCAUCAAGUCGUCACAGAUUCGGCUGCUUCGCAACUUGUCGCGGAAUUAUUCACCGCUGUGCCUGAGGUCUCACAAGCCUACGAAGCCUUGCCGAAAGCAGUUCUGAAAGCCGACUUCUUCCGCUAUUUGAUCUUGUUCGCACGCGGCGGCGUCUACAGUGACAUUGACACAAUCAACCUGAAACCCAUCGCGGCCUGGGUCACUUCAGACAUGAAGCCGUAUGGUCUGAUUGUUGGCAUCGAAGCGGACCCGGAUAGACCGGAUUGGGACGAAUGGUACGCUCGCCGACUCCAGCUUUGCCAGUGGACUAUUGCCAGCAACCCGGGGCAUCCUGUGCUCGCAGAUAUCGUCUCAUCCAUCACAGAGGAGACGCUGCAUCGGCAGGCAGUCGGCGAGCUGGACGAGGAGCACAUGAAGUCCGUUAUGGAAUUCACGGGUCCCGGGAUUUGGACCGACAAGGUCUUCGACCAUUUCAAUGAUCUUCACUUCCUCGACCCGGCAAGUCAAGUGCCAAGCAACGUCACUUGGGAAUAUUUAGCCAAUCUCACAGAGAGAAAGAGAGUCGGCGACGUGGUCGUCUUACCCAUCACUAGCUUUUCACCUGGCGUUGGCCACAUGGGAUCGGGCUCCACGGGAGAUGCCAUGGCAUUUGUGCGCCAUGAAUUCAGUGGUUCAUGGAAAAUCGAUACAGGCUUGGCUUGA